CACUGUAGUGACGUGGUGAUCUCAGGAUGAAAUUGCUGGUGCUGGUGUUGUGCUGUGGGCUUUUGACCACGGUCCAGGCCGUGAAUGAGGAUGACGCUCGUCUCAUCGCCAAGAGGACGACGAAGACAUGGUACCAGUUAACCACCACCACCACUGUGGUGCCCCUCACUUGCGCCCUCUUCACCAGCACCAACCCCUGCCGCAGAAGGCGGCUCCGAAGGUUCAACGCCGUAAAACCCUUGGGAAAGUCUUUGGAUGGUUCGGCUGAGUUGACUGGCACUCUGAGUGAAGGAAAGAGUAUUGGAGAGCUGGAAGAGGGAGGAGACAGUUCAGGUCGAGGGUUGGCCAUCACUUUCGUCACCACCACCACCAGCACCUACACCGUCACCUCCCAAUCCAUCAACUCCUCCACUACCUUCUCCCUCUCUUUCUACUGCUCGGCAGCGAACGCAGUCAUACCUCCCGCAUGCGGUUAAAUUGGCCGGCCAUAUGCUGCUAGGCUGGCCAACAUGCGGCUAGGUCGGCCAGCAUGCGGCUAGGUUGGCCAACAUGCGGCUAGGCUGGCCAACAUGCGGCUAGGCUGGCCAACAUGCGGCUAGGCUGGCCAACAUGCGGCUAGGUUAGCCUGUAUACAGACUGUCGUCUCCUUCAAUUCAGAAAUUACUCUCAAUCUCCCUGUAACCAGGAUCUCUGCUGUAUGGUAGUCACUUCUGACUGACUCGCCAUAUAUUAAACGUUUCACUUAUAAAACUAAUAUUUAUACUUCAAUCACUCCCUCGUGAUUAAUCAGAAAAUAAUAUUCCUUGAAUUGUAUAUGUAGUAAUGCUUUGUAUAACAUGUAUGAGGGGUCAUUAUGUAGUGCAAAAUACACACUAUAAAUACAUUAUUUUGUUUAUUAAAGUAGCAAUUACAUCAAUGUGUACUCUAUGCUGCUUAUCUUUUUUGUAUAUUACUGUCUUAUCAAUUUUUUUUCCCAAAUCAAUAAAAUAUCC